ACCCCUUCUACCCAUUUAUUAUAUAUAAAAAGGGUGACCCUUCUCAUCCAUUAUUUCCAUCACCAUAAUUCACUACAUUAUUCCAUAGCCCUUUGUUAUAUUUUUGUUUGAGAAAUUUAGAAGAACAAUGGGUGAGGGAAGAGGCAGUGCAGUGGUGUGUGUUGUGAUGGUCUGUGUGUUGUUGAUGGUUCAAUAUUCUCAGAUGGCUCAUGCUGCAGUUUAUCCCGUUGGAGGUGCUCAAGGCUGGACCUUUAAUGUUGCCUCCUGGCCCAAGGGAAAGCGUUUUCGCGCCGGGGAUACACUUGUAUUCAACUACAGCCCUUCAGCACACAAUGUGGUGGCUGUCAACAGAGUGGGUUACAAUAGAUGCAUAACUCCAAGGGGUUCCAAAGUUUUUCAAACAGGAAAAGAUCAAAUCAAGCUUGUGAAGGGACAAAACUUCUUCAUUUGCAAUCUUCCUGGACACUGCCAAAGUGGAAUGAAGAUUGCCAUUACUGCAAUUUAAAAUACCCUUUAUAUUAUUUACCAUCUGGCUACAAGAGUAGUCUAUUUCUUGGGAUCAAAUUUCAAUUAUGAUUAAGUUCAUUAAUUAAUUUCAAAUGUGAUUUUGAGAUUAUUAUUGCUCAAUCAUAUUAAAUUUGAUGUAUGACUUAGACACUCAUGGAAUAAUGAUUUUAAGAAAAUAUAUGAGUCUUUUUUCUAGUUCAAAGUGUGCCUUUUGUUACGAGUUGUAGUGUGUGAGGUCAUGUUUUGCUUGAUAUGUACCGUAUGGAAUAAAAAAAAAUUAAAUGCAUCAAUUACUUCUUCUAUGAGUACUUUUUUAUAUCAAAGUUGAACCAUAUAUAGUGAAAGUGAAA